AUGGCCCUCCGAUCGGGACAGACGACUAGCCUGGCCCCCGAGUCCUCUGUGAUGGCAGUGCACAAAGCCAAAAGACCCCGACCGCCCAGCCGACACUCCAGCGAUCGGCUCUCCAUCGAAGAGCUGUCCCCAGACGACAUGGGCUAUGAUGGCGACGUCGAAGUUCUUCACCCGGACCAGUACGAGGAACCGGAGUCCGAGUUUGAGAGGGACAGCGGCAACGGCAACGCGUUGCUGAAGGUGAAGGUGAAGGUGUGGCCCGACACGGACGACGAACUGGCCGGCCGACUGCGCAGACUGUCAUGUGAGCCUCAUGGGCCGCGAAGCCCUGGUCGAGACGACAGCGAUCGGGGACGCAAACGCAGGUCGAAGGAAAUGGACGUCGACUCGGACCAUCACAGUCCUCUGGGCAAGCGCACAGUGAUCGAAGUGUCGGAGCUGGUGGACGCGAAGACCAACCAGCCUCCCCUCAAGCGAAGGAGGAAGAGAAUUAUCAUCAACAAGGCCAGCAUCGGUCACCGGCUGAUGAAGAGGCAGGUGCAGGUGCUGGGAGCCUGGUCGGACAGCUCGGACAAGACGGACGACCUGGACGGCGGGAUUUUGUCUUCGAACCCGGGCACUCCUGAGGCGGUGCCGACGCUGGCCCCUGAACAAGGGGAAGGGUUUGAUGCGAUGGACAUGGGUUAG